UAAGCUUAAAUGUGAAAGGAAUCUGACAAUAGGAAGAAAAAGUGAUAGAGAGCUGCACUGAUACCAAGUGGAAAGAACAAAAAUCACAGUUCCGUAUGAAACCAAGAUGUGCAUAUUUAAAGUGACUUUCGCAUUUUGGGCUCUCUUCCAUGCUCUUGAAGCAACUGUUCGUCUUGUUGGACCAAAUCCAUGUGAGGGGCGUUUAGAGAUUUUCUAUGGCAAUGCUUGGGGUACAGUUUGCUCAGGAUUGUGGGAUUUAACUGAUGCACAAGUUGUGUGCAGGCAACUUGGCUGUGGCAUAGCAAUUGAAGUAUCCGGCAAUGGCAAAUAUGGGCAAGGCCCUCCCUUUGGUGGACUGACUUACUUCCAAUGUACUGGCACCGAAAGUGACCUAUUAAGCUGUCCUUAUACCAUUCUGCCACAUUCUCAUAUAUACUUGUCUGACUCUGGAGCCAAGUGUUCAGGGUCACGGAAAAUUUUUCAGAUUCAAAUUCAUGUGUCUUCAAACUAUUCUUUGGAUGCCAUAAACAACACUGCAGAGGAAAAAGCGUUGCUUUCAACUCUCUCCAGUCUAGCAGGGCAGAAUUUACUUGACCUCAAAAUCAGAAGGAAGGUGAAAUUGUAAGCAGCCAUUCAUCUGUGACCUAGACAAACCAUGAAAGUGAAUCAAACUAACAGCUGUACCUUAAAGGUUAUUAGUAGCUAUUUCAUUUUAAUAUGUAUGUGUUCAAUAAAGAUAUGUAUAUGCUUUCUGUUUUUAUUUCCUGGAAAAAAGUGACUUAGAACAACAAUGUAUAAAUCAUUCUGUUCUA